UUCAACAACCCUAUAACAAACACACACGCAUACAUUUUUGUGAUCGGUACGUGCAGCAGCAGCAGCGACAAGUGCAAGAAAUCAAAAAUGAGCACGUCAAUCGCAAGCCGUAAGGAAACUGAGCGCACAAAGCUCAUGCAGGAGAAAUGCCAAACACUUUUGACCCAAAUGUUGCGGGAUGACGACAAUAAGUACUGUGUGGAUUGUGAUGCCAAGGGUCCACGCUGGGCGUCAUGGAAUUUGGGCGUAUUUCUUUGCAUACGCUGUGCGGGCAUUCAUCGCAACUUGGGUGUACACAUAUCGCGCGUGAAGAGCGUCAAUUUGGAUGCCUGGACACCGGAGCAGGUUAUAUCGCUGCAGCAGAUGGGCAACUCGCGUGCGCGUGCGGUGUAUGAAGCGCAACUGCCAGAUGGUUUCAGACGUCCACAAACGGAUACUGCGCUGGAGAACUUUAUACGGGCCAAAUACGAACAUAAAAAGUAUUUGGCACGCGAGUGGGUGCCCCCCUCACCACCCAAGGUGGACUGGGCCAAGGAGAUCGAUGAGGAACUGGAGCGUCAGAAGCGAAAAAAGAAAACAGCACAAGGCAGCUUGGGCAUUAGCAACAUUAGCACCAGUGGCAGUGUCGAUAAACGCGCCUCCUCCACUACAAGCUCAACGAAAACUGUGCCAUUGCCAGCGCCACUGCCUAAGCCAAAGCCCAAUCAAGUGGGCGGCUCCAGCCCCAAGACUUCGCAACGUACGCAAAAUAACAGUGGUAGCGUCGCCAGUGCCGGCGAAAGUGAUCUCUUGGGCUUGUGCUCGCCCACAAAGCCUGUAGCUGCCAUUGGUGGUCAGGAACUGCAUAACGAUAGUUUCAGUAGCUUCUUGAGUGCUAGCAGUAAUGUAAGUGCAAUUACCACAACCGAAAAAACCAACGGCAGCAAUGCUGAGGCCGCAGCUGCAGGCAAUCCUAACAAUUCUUUGGCACAGCAGGAACAGGACUUUUUCAAUCAGAGCACGCUUGUUGGUGGCAGCGACAAGGAACAGUCUGGCAAAAUGUCCAAGGACAGCAUUUUGGCGCUAUACGGCAAUGCGCCCACCACACAUAAUCCACAAAUGAAUUUUGGCAACUUCACUGGCAUGGCCCCGGGCGGCUACAUGCAUAUGCAACAGCAGCAAGUGCCACAGCAGGCGCAUCAUCAUCAUCAGCAGUUCAUGACGCCUCCAAACUCUGUGAGCAUGUACAAUGCACCUGUGAUGGCGGCACCAAAUGCUUUUAGCAAUGCGCCAACAGGCACCAUGAAUUUAGUUGGCGCUGGCGGUGGCUUCGCUGGUUCUCAAUUUCCCAAUGCUGGCGGCAGUCCGUUUAAUACUGCGCAGCCACCGAAUCUUAUGCAGACAAAUCAAAGUCUUCUGAGCGGCAUGCAACUGUUUCCACAGACAACGCCACAAGUUCCGCAACAACAGCAGCAGUCUUUGAUGGGUCAUGGCUUAAAUAUGAUGCAGCCUAUGUCAGGUGGUUUGCCUUCAACUGGUUAUCCGGCUGCGACUGGUACUACGGCUACGGCAUCGGUAACCUCGAACUUAAAUCAGCAAUUUGGCAACUUAAAUAUUGGUAAUGUUUGGCAAUAAAUCAAGACUAAUUGCAUUCCUUUAUUUAUGCUCCAUGCGCUGAGUUUAGUUAUACAUAUACAUAUAUAUAUAUAUAUUUGUUUUAUACGCAUAAUAACUAACUGUACCUACUUGCCGCCAAUCCAGUUUUUGUCUAGAGAAACGUAUUAUCAUAUAGAUGAAUUUGUGUUCUGUUUGUUUAUAAGAGCAUUGUAAAAACAUUAUUGUGAAACAUUUCAAAUACGUGAGGUACGAGCUCAGGUGGCUUGUGUCGUACGAAAUUUGUCCAAUUGCAUACGUAUUAACUAAACGCAACUAAUAAACAACACAUACACAGACACACUUAACUAAUAAUGCAAUUUGUCAUAUAUAUAUAUAUAUACUUAAGUUCUUUUGAACGUUUUGUUAAACAUUUUACACAUAUGGAUAAUAAUACUGGGAGCGGCGUAAGAAAAUAUUUGGCAAGUG